AUGUCUGUGAGAAGAACAGAAAGAGCACCAGAGGUUUUUUCAGAGGAGGCGAUGAGGAGUGCUGAGGAGGAGGCCUUUGAAGAGAUGCUGAUGGAGGCCGCCCCCCCCACUGCUGUGAGCAGAAACCUUAGACCAUCUAAACAACAAAUCGUCCCCAAAAUCCCAGAGGCAGUGGACGACUUCCUGAGAAAUGUCCUCCAGAGAGCGGGCCUGGGCCGGACUAUGAUCAGCUUCGAGGAGGAGUGGUACGGCUCAGCGCAGAAACUCAUGACCCAGACCCUGAGGAGGGCAGGAGUCCUCCUCGUGCCUGAUGCGCUUACACACAGGCAGCUGAUCCAGGCUCAGCUGGACAAUGUGCACAGAGACACAGACCUGCUCAGACAGGAAGUGCUGCAUGCAGGGGAGCGCCUGCUGAGGACGCAAAGGGAGAGGGAUUUCUACCGGCUGCAGUACCAACGUGUCGCCGAACACAAAAGCAGGCUGAUGGAGGACCUCCACCAGCUGAAGAAACACCUGCAGUCCUACAGGCCGGCACUGAGGCGGCUCGAGGACACCAUUCAGGAGGCUCUCAGGAAGAAAAUGCUCCUCAGUUUAAAGAAAGACAGAGUUCAAAACUCCAAAGCACUGAAUCAGGACACCGAGGCCCCACACUCAGAGGACACCAGGGCCCCACACUCAGAGGACACCAGGGCCCCACACUCAGAGGACACCAGGGCCCCACACUCAGAGGACACCAGGGUUCCCACCUGCAGCAGGGGGCCGGAAACUGAACAUGAAACCAUGGAAACCCCUCUCAGCCUGUCCUACUCCAUCAGAGCCCACAAGCUUCCUAUCAGCUGCAUCCACCUCCAUCCACGAAAACUUAUCGUCGCCUCCGCCAGUGAUGACCGCAGCUGGAGGCUAUGGCUGCUUCAAGCCCACGGAGAGAAGGUGGGUCAGAUGGUGCUGACAGGUGAGGGUCACUCUGAUUGGUUGUCUGGCUGCAGCUUCCACCCAGAUGGAGGGAAAUUAGCAACAACGAGUGGAGACAGCACGGUGCGGCUUUGGGACUUCUCUCGUGGCGGCGGCUGUGUGUUGACGCUGAGCCACAGCCGGCCCACUUGGGGUUGCUGCUUCCACUCCUGUGGUCACUUCCUGGCUUCCUGCUAUGCUGACAGGACGGCCCGGCUGUGGGACCUGAGCAGCCAGCGCUGCACCCUCACCCUGCGCCGCCACACCGCCUCCGUCAACAGUGUCUGCUUCCUGCCCUUCUCCGACCUCCUUCUCACCUGCUCAGCCGACAAAACCCUGGCCCUGUGGGAUGCCAGGCUGGGGGUCUGCACUGCUAUCUUCCAGGGACACCAGCACCCCUGCAACCACUCCACCUGCAGCAUGGCGGGUCACACCGUGGCAUCCUGCGACUCCUGUGGCAUCAUCAACCUGUGGGACAUCAGGAAGCCUGCGGUGUCCAUGGCCACAGUGGAUGCCGGGCCCCGGGCUGCCAACCAGGUGGCGUUCAGCCCGUCAGGGAGGACGCUGGCUGUGGCCUGCUCCGAUGGACUGGUCAGGGUCGUGGAGGUGGACUCUCUGGUGUCCAGCAGCCUGCCGGGACACAUGGACAGUGUGCAGAGCGUGGCCUUCGACCACAGGGGGGGGACUGUGCUGUCAGCAGGGAGUGAUGGACUGAUCAAUGUCUGGGCCUGAACCAAGAACUGAACCCUGCUGAGGAAGCUUCAGAGGAUCUCAGAUUUGGCUGUCAGCAAGGCUCUUCAAAUAUUUCAGUUCUGAAAAAGUCCUUUU